AUGAAAUUACCGUCAUUGCUUCUAUUAUUUCUCGUUACGACUCUUCUGUUUCUCACAUAUCCAUAUCACACAGCGGCCCUGACGUGCUAUGAUAAUGUCAACCCGCUUCGUAGAAAUCAACAUGUCCCUGUUGAAUGUGAUAAUAACAAACUUGGAAAACGAACAUCUGUUUCAUGGAUAAAAGGACUGCGUUCUUGGAUGCCGUUCGCUUCUAAAACAUUAAAACGGGAUGUUGGAACAAAUGCUUUCAAAAUUACACUGACAUGUUCAGCAGGCACGACGCUGUGUGCAAAAGUUAAAAAUGCAUUCGAUUUGGCUGGGUUAAUGUUAUCACAAACAUUACAGUUGAAUACAGCUAUUACCGUCAAUGCAACGUUCUUAAAUUUUUGUAAACAAAUGAAUCAAUGCACUGCCGGAGGAGGGUAUCUGACUCUCGGUGGCGCCGCACCAGCGCGUACAAUCCCGAUGAAAGAUGAUGAUCAAGCAGUUCGUUUAUACCCCCAGGCUUUAGUAAAACAACAGACAAGUGAUCCGUCUAUCAAUUUUGGCGCUUACGACAUAGUUGCUCUCUUCAAUUCCGAAGCCAACUUUUGGUUUCAAGGCGAUGGCGCUAUCCAACACACUCAAUCCGAUUUCUUGUUUGUCAUUCUGCACGAACUCGUGCAUGGUCUCGGAUUUACAUCAUCCUGGGAUGAUUACAUCAACAUUACACCUGAAGCACUGACUCCGGACGUCUCUAUAACAUCUAAAGGAGGACAGCAAACGAUAGGUUUUACUGAAUACGCUUUCGAUAAAUAUAUGGUUCUUUCUCAGACUGGUCAGAGGAUGAGUGAGAUUACAGCACAAUUGAAUCAGUUCUCCGCCAGCUCGGGCGCGACCACGGUGCAACAGUUUGGUCGGGCUUUUAAGAAUUCACCACAAUAUUCACUUGCUGUCCAGAUGUUCAGAAAUGCUACAACAAGAAAUGCGAUGGUAUUCUUGCCUGCUGGACAAUCUGAUAUUUCACAAGCAGUUAUCUUGGAAACUAGUUUAGCUCCAUAUCAACAAGGAUCUAGUGUGAGCCACGUUGAUUACAAUACAUAUACUGAUACGCCAGACUUUUUGAUGAGGUAUCUGCAAGAUCGAGGUGUUUCCUUGGGAGAUGCAAUUGUUCAGGGAGGUAAUUACACGGGCGGUAGUAUUGGUCCAAAAUUAAAACUAGUACUGGAAAGUCUUGGAUAUGCAACACAAGAUAAUCCGAAUCCAUAUCGUCCUGCACCAAGCAGUAGCGAUUCACCUGUCAUUUUGGUUCAAUCAAAGACACUUGUAUUCCUUAUUGUGUUUAUGACAAUAUUUCUUUCACGUAAUACGUGGAACUUGUAA